GGGAUCAUGGCCCAAGUAGCGAUGGCCACCCUGCCCGUGGAAGAUGAGGAGUCCUCAGAGAGCAGGAUGGUGGUGACAUUCCUCAUGUCUGCUCUCGAGUCCAUGUGUAAAGAACUGGCCAAGUCCAAGGCAGAAGUGGCCUGCAUCGCAGUGUAUGAAACAGAUGUGUUUGUCGUCGGAACUGAGAGAGGAUGUGCAUUUGUCAACGCCAGGACGGAUUUUCAGAAAGAUUUUGCAAAAUUCUGUGUGGCGGAAGGGCCAAGCGAGAGGAAGCCUCCCUGCCCUUUGAAUGGGGUGCAGGUCCACUCGGGAGAAACGGAAAUACUCAGGAAAGCAGUCGGGGACUAUUUCUGCUUUUGCUACGGUAAAGCCUUAGGGACAACAGCGAUGGUACCUGUUCCCUAUGAGCAGAUGCUUCGAGACCAGGCUGCUGUGGUCGUGCAGGGGCUUCCAGAAGGAGUUGCCUUUCAGCACCCUGAGAAUUAUGAUCUCGUCACCCUGAAAUGGAUUUUGGAGAACAAAGCGGGGAUUUCAUUCAUCAUAAACAGACCCUUCCAAGGUCCGGAGAGCCAACUGGGUGGUCCUUCGAUGGGAGCAGAUGCUGAGAGAUCAAUGAUUUCACCGAGUGACAGCUGUGGCUCCAUCAGUGUGAAAACUGAACCCAUGGAAGAUUCCGGCGUUUCACUGAAAGCAGCAGCUGUGUCAGUCAAGAAGGAAUCAGAAGACCCUAACUACUACCAACAUAACAUGCAAGGAAGCCAUCAUUCUUCCGCAAGCAGUGAAGUACUAGAAAUGGAAUUACCAAUGGAAGAUUCUACUCAGCUGGUCUCUUCAGAACCAAAUGAAGACUCUGAAGCCGAGGUGAAAGCUGAAGCAGGUGUUGAAGAUCUUAACAUCGUUCAGGUGACCGUUCCAGACAAUGAGAAGGAGAGGCUCUCCAGUAUUGAAAAGAUUAAACAGCUAAGAGAACAAGUCAAUGACCUGUUUAGCCGAAAAUUUGGCGAGGCAAUUGGUGUGGACUUCCCCGUGAAGGUUCCCUACAGGAAGAUCACCUUCAACCCUGGCUGUGUGGUGAUUGACGGCAUGCCCCCGGGGGUGGUGUUCAAAGCACCCGGUUACCUGGAAAUCAGCUCCAUGAGAAGAAUUCUGGAUGCUGCAGAGUUCAUCAAAUUCACGGUCAUCAGACCCCUUCCUGGACUUGAGCUUAGUAAUGUGGGAAAACGAAAGAUAGACCAAGAGGGCCGUGUGUUUCAAGAAAAGUGGGAGAGAGCGUAUUUCUUCGUGGAAGUGCAGAAUAUUCCCACGUGCUUAAUAUGCAAGCAGAGCAUGUCUGUGUCCAAAGAGUACAACCUGAGGCGCCAUUACCAGACCAACCACAGCAAGCACUAUGACCAGUACACUGAGAAGAUGCGUGACGAGAAGCUUCAUGAGCUCAAAAAGGGGCUGAGGAAGUAUCUCCUGGGGUCAUCAGAAACCGUGAGUCCUGAGCAAAAACAGGUGUUUGCAAACACGAGUCCAGCUGACCCAGCCACCGUGCAGCCUGUGGAAGAUGUGGCCGGGAACUUAUGGCAGAAGCUACGGGAAAAAAUCAAAUCGUUUGUGGCAUAUUCUAUUGCGAUCGAUGAGAUCACGGAUAUCAAUAAUACCACUCAGUUGGCCAUAUUCGUCCGUGGGGUGGAUGAGAAUUUUGAUGUGUCUGAAGAACUUCUGGAUACGGUGCCCAUGACAGGGACAAAAUCUGGAAAUGAGAUAUUUUUGCGUGUCGAAAAAAGUCUUAAAAAAUUCAAUAUCGACUGGUCAAAAUUAGUAAGCGUGGCCUCCACAGGCAGCCCUGCCAUGGUGGAUGCACAUAAUGGACUCGUCACAAAACUGAAAGCCAAGGUGGCAAUGGUGUGCCAGGGCCCAGCACUUAAAUCCAUCUGCUGCAUUAUCCACCCCGAAUCGCUGUGCGCUCAAAAGCUAAAGAUGGACCACGUCAUGAACGUGGUGGUGAACUCCGUCAACUGGAUCUGCUCCCGGGGACUGAACCACAGCGAGUUCACAACUCUGCUGUACGAGCUGGACAGCCAGUACGGCAGCCUUCUGUACUACACAGAGAUUAAGUGGCUCAGUCGUGGGCUGGUGCUGAAGAGGUUUUUUGAAUCAUUGGAAGAAAUCGAUUCUUUCAUGUCAGCCCGAGGCAAACCCCUGCCUCAGCUGAGCUCUGAAGACUGGAUCCGAGACUUGGCCUUCUUGGUUGACAUGACGAUGCACCUGAAUACCCUGAACCUCUCUCUGCAAGGCCAUUCGCAGAUCGUGACACAGAUGUACGACCUGAUUCGGGCCUUCCUAGCCAAACUGUGCCUGUGGGAAACUCACUUGGCAAGGAAUAAUCUGGCCCACUUCCCCACACUGAAAUCGGUUUCCAGAAACGAAAGCGACGGCCUGAACUACAUUCCCAAAAUUGUGGAACUAAAGACUGAAUUCCAGAAAAGGGUGUCUGACUUCAAGCUCUGCGAGAGCGAACUGACCCUGUUCAGCUCUCCGUUCUCCACGAAGAUCGACAGUGUGCAGGAGGAGCUGCAGAUGGAGGUCAUUGACCUGCAGUGCAACACCGUCCUAAAAGCCAAGUACGACAAGGUGGGCAUCCCCGACUUCUACAAGUACCUCUGGAGCAGCUACCCGAAAUACAGACAGCACUGCGCGAAGAUCCUCUCCAUGUUUGGGAGCACCUACGUUUGUGAACAGCUCUUUUCCAUCAUGAAGCUGAGUAAAAUGAAAUACUGCUCCCAGUUAAAGGAGUCCCAGUGGGAUUCCGUACUCCACAUCGCCUCGUGAUGAAGAAUACUCCUGGUAGGGCCCCCCGAGGUAUGUAGGACUAGAAUCUUCUAGGCCCAAGGCAUAGUGACAUAAAAAAAUGAAUCACUAAAUAUUGCUGUUUUCCCAUUUUUCCCCCUUUGGGUUGGAAAUACAGUUUGCAGUAUUAUACUGGUUUGUAUGACAUUUUAUGCUUUAUCGUAGUUCAGUAAAAAACAUUGUAUUUCUA